UGGGGCUUUUAUUGUGAAAGGCACACCUCUCAACCGGAAACUAUAAUUUCCAUUCUCUGGCGUACUGAAAGAAAUUAAUCUAGCAUUUUUCUGGUUUUCUGAGAACCGUAUCCGUCUGGAACAAUGCAGAUAUGCAGCGUGUGCAGCGAACAAACCCCAAAAUACAGAUGUCCAAGCUGCAGAAUACGAUAUUGUUCACUGGGCUGUUACAAGAAACACAAAGACACCUGCCUUCCUGCUGAGAAACCGGCUUCACAAAGUCCUGCAUCUAAAGAUGCUGCUGGAUCUGCAGAGCCUUGGAGUGUGGAAGAUCUUCUGCAAGAAGACGACAUCAUCGACAAAGUGCUGCUACAGCGACUUCAGUCACUAAGUCAAUCAACAGAGCUGAGAGAUCUUCUCUGCAACCCCCACCUGAGACAGCUGCUGCGAUCCGUUGACGACGCAGAAAGCAAAGACGCUGCGAUUAAAGCCGCCAUGCAGGAACCUCUGUUUGUGGAGUUUGCUGACGAGUGUUUAAAAGUUGUUGAAAAUGAAGGAAAUGCAUUAACUGACUGAUUAAUAAAAAGUGUCCAACAUUU